ACCCUACAUUCCCCCGAAAACCCAGAUCCUGCUUCACAUCUCAUUUCUCCCCUUCUUAGGUUGGUUUCCUGAAAAAAGAGAAAAAGUUUAGUCUGCGUCACUGGAUUUUCUUCUUCUUGGUGUGUGCUGGACUGAACCAUGGAGUUGUCGGAUAUCUCUUUCCCCAUCCCCACCGCCGAUGAUUUCUAUGACGACCCCUGCUUCAACACCAGCGACAUGCACUUCUUCGAGGACCUUGACCCGCGGCUGGUCCAUGUGGGCCUGCUGAAGCCGGACGACUCCUCCUCUUCAUCCUCAUGCUCCCCUUCCUCCUCUUCCUCCUCCCCGUCCUCCCUCCUGCAUCUCAACCACCACGCCGAGGUGGAGGACGACGAGCACGUCCGUGCCCCCAGCGGGCACCACCAGGCGGGCCGCUGUCUUCUCUGGGCCUGCAAGGCCUGCAAGCGUAAGACCACCAACGCGGACCGGCGGAAGGCGGCCACGCUGAGGGAGCGCCGGCGGCUCAGCAAGGUCAACGACGCCUUUGAGACCUUGAAGCGCUGCACGACGGCCAACCCCAACCAGAGGCUGCCCAAAGUGGAGAUCCUGCGCAACGCCAUCAGCUACAUCGAGUCCCUGCAGGCACUGCUGCGCGGCGGGCAGGAGGACGGCUUCUACCCGGUACUGGAGCACUACAGCGGGGACUCGGACGCAUCCAGCCCCCGCUCCAACUGUUCCGACGGCAUGACGGACUUUAACGGCCCCACCUGUCAGACAACCAGAAGAGGAAGUUAUGAAAGCAGCUCUUAUUUCUCCGAGACUCCAAACGGCGGUCUGAAGAGUGAACGCACUUCGGUGGUCUCCAGUCUGGACUGCCUGUCCAGCAUUGUGGAGCGGAUCUCCACCGAUAACGGCAGCCUGCUGCCGCCUGCUGACGGCCCGGGAUCCCCGCCGACGACCACAGUCCCGCUGGGUGAAGCAGCGGCCGCCCCGGCGUCUGUUCAGGUCCCCUCUCCAACAGCCAGCCAGGACCCCAACCUCAUCUACCAAGUUCUAUAGACCCAAACACACACACACACACACACACACACACACACACACACACACACACACACACACACACACACACACACACACACACACACACACACACACACGCGGAUGAACUGAGUCGUCACAGUUUGGAUCAGCUGCAAACUUUCUGGUGUAGAAACCUGCUUCCACACCUCUAUUUAUUCUCUUUGAUUAAGUAUGGAAGCUCAUUCCUGUCAGAAAAAAAUAGCGAGCGCUAAAAAUCAUUUUAUGUUGCCGAGCAAACUUCACGUAGUAACACAAGCUGUGAGGUUAAAGGUGCAUGAAGAUUUAGUUUUCAUUGAAUAUACUUUUAAAAAAGGAAUGAUAAAAACUAGAAUUAUUGAUUUUUAGCUUACAUUUAAUCAAAGAUCCUAACUUUAAAACACUAUAAGGAAAUUUUAAUGACUAAACAUGAAUAAUGUUUCAUGAAGAGUUUGCUGAUCCCACACAGGGAUGCUAAGAAAACCAAAAACCAUAGUCACGAAGGAGCUGAAGUCUUAAUUUUGACCUUUUAUGUCACACAAAUGAAAAGUUGCUUUUAUCAUUCCAAAGUUGCCUACAUUACUUUAUUUACUAGGCAGGAAUGAGCUUCCAUAGAAACCCUGAUUCUGUUCCUGUUUCUGAAAUGAGACCACCGAAUGAUGUGGUUCAGCUUUAAAUAGAAACCAGUUCACUUCUUGCUGUAUUUUAAUUUAAUUUUAAGUUAUGAAAAAUAUUUUAAGCCUCGGCUGAGUCUUUCAGAUGGAUUCCCCUCCCCCACGCUCCCCUUCUGUGUGUAGUCUAGCUGAUGAAGGACGGAGGCCAAAAACCGCCCAUUAACAUUCCUCCACUUUCGUCUAACUGGAGUCGGAGCGGCUCCAGCUGUUCGAUUCCCUCCGGAGGAAAAAAGAACUUCGUUCAACAUUUUAGAAACUUGAUGUAAGAGCACAAAUUUCUGCAGUGAAAACUUAACAGACUCCGACUCCAGCGGCGCUCUGAACUGCACGGAUGGAGGUGUUGUAGUGAUGGAGGCUCACACCUCCUUCCUGUCCAAAGCACAUUUUUCUUUGCUCUCAUUUGUCGUUUCACGCGUGCAGCGGAGGACCAUUUUUCUGUAAUUAUUCUGUAAAUAAGAGCUGAUUUGUUCCAGUAUUAAUUAUGUAUUUAAUGUUUCUGUCUCUAUGUGCUUUUGUUUGUUGUGAAAAAUGUUAAACUUUAUAUUUAUA